CUCGGCCUCCCCCAGCCGCCGUCGACCCCCCACCCUCUGCACGCCGUCGCCCCCCUCACCCUCUGGCCUCUGCACGCCGUCGCCCACCAGUCCACCACCAGGAGAUUCAUGGAGUGAAUCUUAUGUGAACUCAACAUUUACUACCACCACCAGGAGCAGGAGCUGGCUACGUGAGAACACCCCAUGGUGGGCUAGGAGGAAGAACACCCCAUGGCGGGCAAGGAGGAGGAAGACCCCAUGGUGGGCAAGGAGGAUCAUGUCUCCAUCUUCAUUGACGGUGUCAUGCCUGGUACGGGGAGUGACCAGGGCGCAUGGCUGUUGGACCGGUGGUUUUGCUGCCCAAUAUGUCUAGAACCAGCUUACAAACCCGUGGUUCUAGUCUGCGGGCACAUGAUAUGCCUCAACUGUUGUUCAGAAUCCAUGUCUAUUGUUGAGAGCUCAAGGUGUUGCAUUUGCAAAGCUAAUCAUGAUCAUCUCCCACGACAAUGUGGUGUUAUUGGUCAGUUGAUUUCAAAGCUAAGUCAUGCAGAAAAAAGUGUGAAGGUCAGUUUGGAAGAUGUUCUAUGUAUCUUCUGUAAGGAGCUGCUGUUGGAACCUUGUGUGUUGAACUGUGGCCAUGUUUACUGCUUGACAUGCCUACCAUAUGUUGAUGAGAAGGAAAUUAAAUGUCAAGCUUGUGGAGCUCCCCAUCCUGCAAAGCUUACAGUGUGCUGGAACCUUGAUUACUUUUUGAAGCAUUACUUCUUCGAAGAAUACAAUUUAAGGCAGCAAAGAGUUUCAUAUUCAGGAGUUCCAGAGAAGAAAACAGGCCCAAGCAAAGUGCAAUCUUCAAGGCUGAAACAUACCCACGUGGGGGUGGGCUGUGAUGAUUGUGGGGUCUUCCCAAUCCAAGGGAGAAGAUAUAGCUGCACGGAGUGUGAGGCGCCUGGUUUUGAUCUGUGUGAUAAAUGCUUUCAGAAGGGGACUAGUACUGUGGGACGGUUUUAUCAGAAUCAUACAGCUGAGCACACAAUGCAGCUGGAUGAUUCAUUCCUGUUCCCCAAGCUACUGAGUUACCUGGAUGAAAAGAGGAGAGGCGAACAACAUCAAGAUGGCAGCGAGGAGGAGGAUGUUGUGUGGGUGCAUGAAGAUGAGGUGGGGGUGGUGUGGGAUGACGAGUGACUUUGGUGUGCAAGUUAACUCUCUCUGGCAAAUGAUGAUGUUUAAACUUCAUGCUACAUGAUAUACAUUUGAAAAGAAAACUUGAGGAGUCUGAUUC